AUGAUUGGUCUUGCAUCCUUCACACCCGGCAGCACCAUGUCUACCUCCGUCAAGCCAAACGACACUUCUACUUUGACCACGUCAUUGCGAUCGUCGUGUGACAGAUGCCGCGCCCAGAAGUUACGAUGCGUCCCAUCCUCCCAGGCCGACCCCUCUGCCCCUUGUCAACGCUGUCUGAGGGGCAAGGAGCCUAAAUCUUGCACUUUCAGUCGACGACUACAAACGGGAAAGCCCCCUGCCUCGGGGAGACGAUCGGAUCACCGUCAGAACCCACGGAGAGAAAACCAUGUACCAACGAAAUUCUUACCCGGAAUGAACACAUUCACACUGUCAAGCUUAUCAUCACCGGAGCCGUCAAUCGUCGAGAAGAGCCGACCAGAAACAGCGACUUCCAGCGACAAAAGCCAGAGUUUGGAAUCAGAAGCCUUUUUGGACAGUCUCUGGAGCGACGAAUACACAACGUUUAUAGAACCAGCGCUGCAAACCCAUAUAAAUACGGUCGCACAUGUGCACGAACCCCCUAGUCACGCGGAGGAGUGCGAAAAACCCGAUUCAGGAGAGAUGAUGGACAUGCACGCAGAUCCGAGUUUUCAAUCAGACCUCGUUGAAUUGCUCGACGUCCAACAAAUCCUCGCUUCUCCGCCCUACACUGCAUCACCUCAGUUAGGACUAGAUUUUGAUACGAAUAUGGCCAUGGGUAUGGAUAUUCUGGAAGAGGAAACGCCCGGUCUCUUGGUCGAUCUUUCCGGCCUGCUGGGCAAAUUGUCACACUACGAAAUGGAACUAGCAAAGCUGUAUGAAAGCACGCUAGACAAUUACCCCAUAGGCGACGCGUUAUACCUUUCUCAGCGCUUUCAUGUCAUCUUGAUCAACCACGGAAGAAUCCCCACAUUCGACAAUUCAUCCGACAUUGACAUGCCAACGCGACUGCUUUCUCUCUCUUGCUACAUAUUACUAACGCGCAUUUACUUGACGAUCUUCAAAUAUCUUUAUGCGCACCUGUCACAGCUUCCGGCGGCCUUAUCGAACCGGGACUUGGGCCCAUCCUCCUAUUCGAUAGAAUACAAUAUGGACGCAUACCGGGGUUUGCGGUUAGGUCAGCUGCAGUCAAUAUCCGUUGGGUGGGAACCAGCGAUGCGCAUCAGGAAAGCUAUGUCUAUGCUUCUUAACUCGCUGGGCAAUUCCGAGAGAGCGCUCGGACUUCCUGCAACUGUGAGGACAGCUUUACAUACAGAGAAGUCACAGGAAGACGCCGAUGGGUCGGCAACAGAAAGCGUUCCUCUCUUCGAGGAAGGAGGGGUCUUGGCUCCGUUAAUGAAUGGGAGGUUACAAAAGAAGCUCAGGGAGCAGGAACGAAACCUGCGCGCCAAGGUGGAAGAUGUGGACGAUCUACUAGACGGGCUACUGGCACCGAGCAAAUAG